UUGUUUCAUUUGGACUAGCGUCCUCCUGUGAGCGCGGCUGCACAGAUGGACGCCUCCACUUUACUCUACGAUGUCCCUCCGGCUGUCGUCCAAAGGUUCUGUGAAAUCAUGGACAGUGGGGAUGACAGGUUCGGGUGGCGUGGACUAGCUGUCCGAGUCGUCCCCAGCUUGUUAGAAGUUCGCAUGUUGGAGCGCAUGGAGACAGCAGGUCGGAGCCCCACUAGGGAGCUGCUGUGGUCCUGGGCCCAGCAGAAUUCAACAGUGCGAGACCUGGUUAAGAUUCUGCAGGACAUGGGCCACCUCAGGGCCCUGCAGCUCUUCCGGGGUCAAGCUCAAGAGUCCCCUUCGCCCCACAGCAAUCCCCACGCAGAGUCCACAGGGAAGAUGUCAGCAGCUCAAGUGAAGGAGUCCUUCCAACUAGAGGCGAGUUCUUCAAGUCCAACAUUAUGUCCCGUGAACUCAAUCAAUUUCCAGGACAUCGUAGAAGGAACCAGACAUUUUCAUGAUGAAAUGAGAAUUGCAGAGGGCCCCUUUUCUGAUGUCUACAGAGCACAGAUGGGAAGUAGAACAUUUGCAGUCAAGGUUUUUAAACAGAUAAAUCAGACAUCAUGGAAGAAGCUGUGGGAUAUCUUCAGAAAAGAAGUGGAAAUUCAUCAUUUGUACCAGCAUCCAAAUAUCUUAGACCUGUGCUGUUUUUCUGGUGAGGACCGCUACUGUCUGGUCUAUCCUUACCUCCCCAAUGGAUCGCUCUUCCACAGACUACACCAUCAGGAUGGAAAGCCCCCUCUGUCUUGGCAAGAGCGUCUGACCAUCAUCAAGGGAAUCGCAAAGGCCUUGCAUCACCUCCAUACAGCCCAGCCCUGCCCAGUGAUCUGUGGCAACAUCUCCAGUGCAAACAUACUCUUGGAUGAUGCCCUGCAGGCCAGGCUGUCUGACUUUGAGUUGGCUCAUCUCCGUCCUCAUUCAGCCAAUCAGAACUGUACCGUCACUCUGGAUACGGGUCCUCACAGCGACCUGGGAUACCUCCCGGAGGAGUACAUCCGAGAUGGCAAGCUGUCCUUCAGCCUGGAUGUUUACAGCUUUGGAAUGGUCACAAUGGAAACGGUAACAGGACGGAAGGUCAUAGAGGACGUACCGAAACAUACACAGCUGAGAGAUUUGCUAGUCUCUGAGGUGGAGGACAGUGGUGGUGUGGACUCUUGUCUGCAGUACGUGGAUGUGGCGGCCGGCCGGUGGCCGACUGCUGUGGCCCUCAGCCUUCUGGGUCUGGCCUUGGACUGCACUGCUAGCCGCCACCGCAACAGACCAAGCAUGGAGAAUGUACUUCUGGCACUGAGCAAGCUGCUUCCUCCACCUAGCUGCCCCCCUGCCGACCAACCCCAUAGCCUGGAUAGCGGAGCCCAUAUAAAUCCCCAGCAGAGCCCUUUAUCCUCCAUACCUGUGGAGCACGAUGAGCAGCAGAGCCUCCCUUGUUCUCCAACACGAGCAGGGCCCUGUGAAUGCAGCCAGUCAGAGGUGACCUAUCUGAGUGACACUGUGGAUUCUCAUGGUGAGGUAGACCUGUACUGCAGCUGGCCUGUACAGUGCAGCUGCACAGCAGAAAACGGCAGUCUGGCCUGUGAGGACUGCAGGGCCAACAGCUUCAUUCUCAACCACAGGCAGGGCUCGGAGUAAGUGUUGUUAAGAUACUCAGAUCCACACCACAGAAGCAGGUAAGACUCUGUGGAUCUUGCUCACCAAACCGGCUUAGGAUCACAUUUGAUGGUAUGUCAAGAUUCUCCAAAUCCACGGACCGAUUUGACUUUUGAUUUUAAGGUCAAGAUUUGAUAAAAAAACAUUUUCAGCGUCUGCCAUAUCAAAUAAAAUAUGAUGUUGCA